AAACAAGUAUAUAAACUCACAUUUAAGUAGUCAUGUGUCUGUUCUUUUUGCUCCACUUAACUUCAAAGCCCCUGAAAACUUGGUUUCAAGUUCUGAAGGUUUACUAAUGAAUAUUUUUACUCUUACUCUUAUUUUUAACUUUGGAUCAAGUUAUACAUAAUAUGAAACAUGUCGCUCAGAGUGAUGAACCAACAGAAUUAUCAUCCAACUGUGCUCUAUUGUCCAUUUUAGUAGGGGUGCAACGAUACACUCAACUCCCGUUUUGCUACAAUUCACAAUAUGAUUUGCACACAUUUCUUUAAAAACAAAAUGAGAUUGAAGACCAAUUGAAAAAGAUUGCUUUAUUUAUCAGACAAAAAUCUAAAAAAUAUAUUUUCUUUAUCAAACUAAUGAAUCACUUUUUUGUCUUCUUUCAAUUUCUGAGGUAGAUGAGGUAGGUGAUUUGUUAGACGCAGGAGAAAUGGGGUGGGGUGUUCCCAGUCUGCAGAGGUCAGUACCUAUCAAAAGUGGUUCAAGGGCUGAAAAGGCCUUUAAAUUGGUUGGUACCUGAUUAGUAUCUGUAAAGGCAGUCUUUAGAGUGGGCAUGCAAUGUAGCAUGCACCACUAACAUAGGUGAUAUUGUGAGUUGAAUACAGACCAAAGUCUUCAAGUUUUUUGUUUUUUGCAAACAUUUUGUUGAGGUCAUCUGACCUUCGACUACUUUGCAUUGUGUUUUACCAACCAGCCUGUCGAACAAAAGACUGUGAUCAACCUUGCCAAAAAUAGGAAGAUGGAAGAUUAUUCCUGCUCAGCUACAAUGAAAAUGUACUUCCCCACAGCACCAGAACAAGUGUCAAAUCAUGUCAUGGCAUUGCUGAGCUCCUGUUCACACCUCAUGACAUACUGUCUCCUCUUAAUGCCGGCCAUUGUCCCUGCAUAUAUUCCAGGCCGGCAACAUUUGCAUAUUUUACAGUCUCUAUUUGUACAUGUAUUUAAAUGAUUCAGUGACGCCUGUGUCCUAGCUACUGUCAGUAUCAUCAGCUGGGACUGGCCAGAUGACGAAAAGGUAUCAUUCGGACAAGUCUGUUUUACAAUGACUCCACAUUUUUGAAUAAUUUUGAGAGAAGACAGAUUUUUGUGACACAUCACCACAAAUGUUUUAUAUCAUCCUGCUUUUCAUUUCUCUGGACUGCAAAUGAAAAAUGGAGCUUUGAAACCUAAACUUUUCCCAGAAGGACUUGACCCUGGAUUCAGAUUCUCUUAUUUUUAGCUGUUCUUAAGCUGGUUUUGGUUCAUAGUCCGUGUCCCUCCAGUUUGAGGAUUUAGUGUGCGGUUACAGCUACUUAAAAAAACACCUUGAUUCAGGUCUUUAAAACAGGAUGGAAAUCCCAGACCAGGACGUGGGGUUAAACACAGAUGGCAGUUUAAACCCAGAACAAGAGCAGGAGCAGCAGGAUGACUCUGAGCCUGAUACCCAGCCUAAAUCCAACCAGGAGAUACCAGAGCCAAGGAAAGGCCCCCCGUCGCAGGUCUUCAUUGAGUCCCGUAUACUGCAGCUUCACAACCGGCGUCUCAUUCUGCUGGAGCAGCAGCACUUCAUAAAGAGGGAAGAAGACAAUAUGGGUGGGACCACAGAGGAAAUGAACAGCGAGGACAGCGGUGAACCGUGCGAGCUGGAGGCCAUUGAGAAGGAGCUGGAAGAGCUGCUGGUUAAAAAGGAAGAGCUGGACAAACAGGGAAAGAGCUCCAAGCUCAGCGAUGGUCAACAGGAUGUGUGUCCCACUUUCUGUAAAACUGAGACACCCUGUGGGGGGAUCUACUUGCUGCCACCUCCCCAGCUGACAGAGGAGGACAUUGCACUGGAUUGGAGAGAAAAAAAUAGGACUGCAGCAGAAGAACCAAAAGGCACAACCGUCUCAGCGGACAGUCUCGGUCAAAUGCCAGCUCUGACCCAGUGUCCAUCCUGUCAAGAAGUUGUCUUCACAGAGACCUGCAGGAAAAGGGGCGAGGCUACGUGGAUUCUUUGCUACAUGUGCAUCAUAUUGGGGUGUGCUGCAGGCUGCUGUUUAAUCCCUUUCUUCUUGGACCGCCUGAAGAACGUCCAACACCGGUGUCCCAGGUGCCAGGCACUCAUACACACCUACCGGCCAUUUUGACACGGGGGUUAGAACAACCCCUGAAGUACCAUUCCACAGCUUCUGUCCUCAAGUGACCCUUUCCUGUGAUCUUGGGAGUUGUUUGGGACUCUUGGACUUUUAUUCCCCUCCCCGACCAACACUACAUUAAAAAAUCUCCACAAGCAUUUUCACAUUUUGCCUUUCAUCUGGGAGGGGCUUGUUUCACGUUCGACUCUACAAUGGCAGCGCUGAUACAAAUUGCACAAAGGCUCAGAUAAUCAAACAUCAAACUAUUCUUUGACCGUACUUGUGAUGUCGCUGCUAAAACUCAUACUGUAAAAGUCAGCAUCAGUUUGCCUGAAUAUCUGCAUGGACUAGAUUGCAGCUCUCAGCUUGCAGAUGCAAAAUACUGCUCAUUUAAUGUGUCAGAUACAAAGGCUGCAGCAAAAAAACAGAUUCCUAAACUAAAAAGGGUCGACACGUUUGCUGCUUAUGUUAGGAUAUAGCUUUAUGGGUUGUCUAUCAACAAUACAAUGACCCAUGGUGUAAGGACAAUGUACUUUUGGGAACAUCCAUAAUCUGAAAGCAAAAUGUAAAUACAUCACUGAAGAUAUGCAAACAAGGGGCCACAAACAGUUUUCAUACACUGUAAACCACAGCACAAUUCAAAUGUAGUGGCUUCCUUCAUUUCCGCAGGCUCACCUGUUAUUGGAAAGGCGACACUGUUCAUAUUGUUUGUAAUGUAUUUACAGAAAAAUGUGAAUUACUCAGUAACUCUGUUCACAGUACACCAAAUUUUAUUGACACAUAAAGGCAUACAGUACUUAUAUACAUCUUUUUGAGUAUUUACAAAAUAGAGAACCCAUGGAUGUUACACAUGUAUAAAAAUAUGCAUUACAUCUAUAUAAAUAUGUACACAAUGUGCAAAACAUAUGGCAUACAAACAACAAGAGGCAUGGCAUGGGUGGUGGAGAUGGAGAGGAGACUCGGCUACAAUGGAGGAUGUAAAUCAGUUGAUGAGGGUGGAGAAACCUCCUCUGUGCUUCCACUAAUGUCUCCUAAGUACAUGUAUUUUAAUGAAACUGUGUCUUGAUGAAUGGCGCAGGUGAAGGAGGACAAGUGGGAGAGCUGAAGUCAAUACGGGGAAGCCUGAGCCGAAGCCUGUUAACUCCAACUACGCAAGUAAAGAAGUUCACAGGAACGUUCCAGAAACCUUUAGUGUGUUCUUCAGACUGAUGGUGCUUCCACAGACCUCUAUCAUCAAGAGACCUCCGUUCAACCACUCAGAUGCAAGUGCUUUUGAACUGUUAAACUGUAUUAUUCUGUAGUAAAAUCUGUUACAUUAAUAAAAUCAAGGCAGGAUCUGACAUACAGUACAGUAUAUCAAGGGAGAGCAGCCAUUAUUGCUUUUCAGCUGUCCCUGUCUGGCCAGUCAGCAGCCACAAUGGUUCACAUCAAGUAUGAAUCACAUACAUGUGUAGAUUUGUCAAGAGGUUUGUGUAUAAUGUAUGUAAAUAAAAUGAAAUAAAAACAAAACUCUGCAAACCAAAAA